GUAGCAAUGGCACCACACAAAUGGCUUCUCUUGUUCUUCAAUUCACUGCUCUCAAGUGCUCUCCACUCUCUUCUUCUUUUCUCUCCCAACCUUCCCUUUUCACCCAACAUCGCCAUAACCAAAGGCGCGCUUCAACUUCCAUAGUCAACUCUGUAGCAUUGGCCAAUGCACAGAACAAAGAGAGAGUCCAGCUCAAGAAGCUCUUCGAAGAAGCCUAUGAGAGAUGCCGUACUGCUCCCAUGGAAGGGGUCUCCUUCACCCUCGAAGAUUUCACUGCUGCUCUCGACAAGUAUGAUUUUGAUUCUGAAGUUGGCUCCAAGGUUAAAGGCACUGUGUUCUACACAGAUAACAAUGGAGCAGUUGUUGACAUCACUGCAAAGUCCUCGGCGUAUUUGCCGCUGCAAGAAGCGAGCAUCCGCAGGGUUAGGCACGUGGAAGAGGCGGGCAUAGUUGCUGGAUUGAGAGAGGAGUUUUUGAUCAUUGGUGAGAAUCAAGCGGAUGAUAGCUUGAUCUUGAGUUUAAGGUCGAUUCAGUAUGAUCUUGCAUGGGAACGUUGCAGGCAGCUUCAGGCAGAAGAUGCUGCUGUCAAGGGUAAGAUUGUGGGGGUGAACAAAGGUGGAGUGGUGGCUGAGGUUGAAGGGCUUAGAGGGUUUGUUCCAUUGUCACAAUUGUCAACGAACUCCAAUAUAGAAGAGCUUCUUGAGAAGGAGCUUCCUCUUAAGUUUGUGGAGGUGGAUGAGGAACAAUCUAGACUUGUCCUCAGUAACCGCAAGGCCAUAGCUGGCAACCAGGCACAGCUAGGAAUUGGUUCAGUGGUUACUGGCUCUGUUCAAAGCCUGAAGCCAUAUGGUGCCUUCAUUGACAUUGGUGGAAUCAAUGGCCUCCUUCACGUUAGUCAGAUCAGUCAUGACCGUGUAACUGAUAUCUCAACUGUUCUUCAACCUGGCGACAUAUUAAAGGUGAUGAUCUUAAGUCAUGACCGUGAGAGAGGUCGAGUAAGUCUUUCAACUAAGAAGUUAGAGCCCACACCUGGAGACAUGAUCCGCAAUCCAAAGAUUGUCUUUGAGAAGGCUGAGGAGAUGGCUCAAACAUUCAGACAGAGAAUAGCCCAAGCAGAAGCUAUGGCUCGUGCUGACAUGCUUAGGUUCCAGCCUGAGAGUGGAUUGACUCUCAGCAGUGAUGGGAUCCUGGGACAAUUUACUUCAGACUUGCCUGAAGAGGGACUAGAUCUGACUGAGGUGCCACCAGCUGAAGCAUCAUGAUUGAGAAUUUCGAGGUUUUUUUUGCUUACAUUUUAUAAUGUUGCUUGUAACAAUCCAAUAUUGUUGUCGAACGAUGUAUUGAUGCAAAUGUAUUAUUGAGUCAAAUAAAUAGAACUAUUAAUACUAUCAUUACACUAUGAA